AUGGCCACGCACUUGGAGCCCCGCGCUGAGGCCCGUCCCGCCCGCCCCCCUCCUCACAAAGGCGGCUCCUGCUCCGCGGGAAAGGGCGGGAAGGCUCCUUCUCCGGCCUGGCUCGGCCGUGCCGGCCACACACCCUCGCAGCAACUGACCCCGCCAGCUGGCGGCCACGCGGCCGAGUCGGCCCCGGGGGCCGUGGGGCCAAGCCCCGGGCGCCCACUGCGCGUUCCCAGAGACCCUGAACCCCCGGGGGGAAAGUCCCCAAAAAGGCCGGGGCGCCGCGGCGUCAGCCGCACGACACCUACCUGUGCCGGGGCCCUCUCGGACCGCCGCCAGGGCCUCUGGGAGCCAGGGCGCGGCGUGGGCUCCCUCCGGGCCGUCAGGCCGCCACGCCGGGGCCGCCGCCCGGCCCAGGGCUCCGCGCCGGGGCCGCCGGAAGGUGCCUCCUCCAGGGCGGUCCGGGCGGCCCCGCGGUGCGGCGGGAAACGCGUCCCCGCGAAACCGCGCCAGGCCGCGAUGCGGCCCGCCCCGCGAGGUCGGGGGUCAGAGGCCGGAGGUCGACGGGGCCACGCCACGCCUCGCUCCGGCGGGGCCGCAAGCCCCCGGCCCGGUCCUGCGCACCGCGCCCUCCGCAAGCCCCCAGGCGGCCGGAAGUGCUGCUUUGCGCGAGGCCACACCCCGCACUUCCGGGCUCAGGCGGCGCGCGAGGCUAAGCCGCGGGAAACCCGGGGCGUCCGCCACGCCGCGCACGCGCAGAGUGCCUCGCGCCGCGGGGUCUGGCGCAGGCGCACCGAGAAGCGCCCGCCUCCGUCGCCGGGGCCGGGGAGAACCUACCUGCGAGCCUCCCCGGGGCCGGGCCUGCCUCCUGGCGGCCCCGGGAAGCCGGCGGCCCUUUCCUGA